CACAAAUAAAGAUGCCCUCAGAGAGAGGGAAGUAUUGGCGUCUGGUGGAGUUUGUGUGGGACUGGGGGACCGACUGGCAUUUCCUGCACAAGUUCCGUUCCUAUCUGCCCAGCCUCCAGGAUUGAUGCCCUACCGCUAGCUUAUCCCUCCGGAGAGACUCAGACACACAAUCUCUUCCAACCUUUUCACAAAUGGCAGCGUCCGUGUCCAUGGGGCCUUACAUGGAUCUCGGGGUUUGUCCUGAAGCAGGACCUCGCCAUGCCCACCUUCUUCCCUAAAUUGGACCCAGAAUACGAGAACUUUGAGUAUGAUGAUUUUGCAGAAGCCUGUUAUGUAGGUGACAUUGUGGACUUUGGGACCAUCUUCCUGUCCAUUUUCUACUCCCUCGUCUUCGCCUUUGGUCUGGUGGGAAAUCUGUUGGUGGUACUCGCCCUCACCAACAGCCGGAAGCCCAAGGGCAUCACCGACAUCUACCUCCUAAACCUGGCCUUCAGUGACCUGCUCUUCGUGGCCACCUUGCCCUUCUGGACUCACUAUGUCAUCAACGAGGAAGGCCUCCACAAUGCUGUGUGCAAGCUCACCACUGCCUUCUUCUUCAUCGGCUUCUUCGGGGGUAUAUUCUUCAUUACGGUCAUCAGCAUCGAUAGGUAUCUGGCCAUUGUCCUGGCCGCCAACUCCAUGAACAACCGAACAGUGCAGCAUGGUGUCACCAUCAGCCUGGGCGUCUGGGCAGCAGCCAUCUUGGUGGCGGCACCCCAGUUCAUGUUCACAAAGAGAAAGGAAAACGAAUGUCUGGGUGACUACCCCCAAGUCCUCCAGGAAAUCUGGCCCGUGCUCCGAAAUUUGGAAGUCAACAUCCUGGGCUUCGCGCUGCCCCUGCUUAUCAUGAGCUUUUGCUACUUCCGAAUCAUCCAGACCUUGUUUUCCUGUAAGAAUCGCAAGAAAGCCAGAGCCAUCAGACUCAUCCUGCUUGUGGUGGUGGUCUUCUUCCUCUUCUGGACACCCUACAACAUCGUGAUUUUCAUGGAGACUCUCAAAUUCUACAACUUCUUCCCUAGUUGUGACGUGAAGAGGGGCCUGAGGUUGGCCCUCAGCGUGACAGAGACAGUGGCGUUUGGCCACUGCUGCCUCAACCCCUUUAUCUACGCCUUCGCUGGGGAAAAGUUCAGGAGAUACCUGGGACACCUGUACAGGAAGUGCCUGGCUGUCCUGUGCGGUCGUUCCGUCCACGUCAGCUUCACGCCAGAAUCUCAGAGGAGCAGGCAGGAUAGCAUCCUGAGCAGCUUUACUCGUUACACAAGUGAGGGAGAGGGCUCUCUUCUGCUCUGAAAGGGUCUUCAUGAGCCUGACUCCACUCAGAACCCAGAGUUCUUGACUCUGACCCACUGUAAUGAGGACAGACCUAUUUUUCCUGUUGUGUCUUAUGUGCAAGAAAUAUGUACCAGAUGCCGACAAAACAGCCCCACAGUGUUUUUGAAAAUUUUCUGUUCAGUUCUUGAAAGACACACACAUCACUCUUAGUGCAAAUGCUGAUCAUCAGGGCUUACAAGAGACAAAGGUUCUAACCCAACUAAUUACAAAAGAGUUGGUGAGGGUUAUCCACAUGACCAUGUGGAUAAAGGAGUGACUAAAUACUCAGACUGAGUGGAAAUCAAGGAUUGAAUCUAGCUAGACCAUCCCCUCUCUGACCUUCAGAUCUUUGAGUAGUGACGGGUAAUCCAGGUCCACAUUCCAUAGCUUUAUCAUCAGAGAAGGACCUCAUCUCUCUCUGAUUUCAAGGUCAACAUUCCCAGGGAAGGGCUUCCAUUGGCCAAGUUGUGUCCCGUCCCGUCCCUUGACUAGGUAGUGGUAUUGAAAAUAGAACUGAUCUAAGAUAUUGUUGGAAUCUCAAGGUUAGAGAUUGAGGGAGACUAUUUCUAUAAAUUGGAGGAUGGGAACAACCCUGAUGAGACAGAAAAGGAGUCUGGGACUGACUCAGGCUCUCCCCUCAAUAACUAGCCUGUGUCUACUGCCAGCCCAACAAUACCUAGAUCUGCAGAGCCACAACUAUGUCUCUGCUGCCAGUGCAAGACCCAGGCUAUGAGAGCAGCUUACUUUCUGUCCCCCAUCCUGAAAGCAUCACUUAUGAUCUAACCACAGGAGUGCCUUCACGCCUGCAUUUACUGACUCGGGCCUCAUUUAUAGUCUGACUGAGAAUUCCGGGACAGUAUAGUUUUGUAACUUGCUUUUUUAAAAAAAACUGGAUUCCAAAUUGCUCUCUGUUCCUGUGUGGCACUGUAAUAACCAUUUUAGAAGUCUUUCCCAGAUGGUGGCCUCAUUGAGGAAGUUGUGGCAUGUGGCUCAUUGUGGUGUGUCUGAUAUCUCCUUGGCAGUCUACAUGUUUGUUUCAAGGAUGACAGACUGAGUCAUGUCUCUCACAGGCUUGUCCAGUGUUUUAACAUUGCAACAUGAUGCUGUCUUCUACAAAGGUCACAAUUGAGAACCUCAAAAUUGAGUUUCCAAAGUGGGGGGACUGGAAAGAUGGCUCAGUGGAUAAGAGCACUGGCUGCUAUUCCAGAGAACUGGGGAGUGGGCGAUUCAAUCCCAGUACCCAUAGAGUGUCUAACAACAGUCUAUAACUCCAGUUCCAGGUGAUCCAACACCCUCUUCUGGUUUCUGAGAGCACCAGACAUGCACAUGGUGAACAGACAUACAUGCACAUAAAAUAAGUUAAAAAAAAAAACUUUAGUUUUUCAAGACAGGCUCUCUCUGUGUAACCCUGGCUGUUCUAAAACUGUCUAUGUAGACCAGGCUCACCUUGAACUCACAGAAAUACACCUGCCUCUACCUCCCAAGUGCUGGGAUUAAAGGUGUGUGCCACCAUGUCAGGCUUAGUAAAUAAACUUUUUAAUUUCAAAAAUAUCUUUUAAGUGUCUUAAGUAAAUUUAUGAUUUGGUUUUGCUCUAUAUUCACCGCUGUCCUGGGUCACACAGUUAGACAUACCUACACUAUGUCUAGCUUACUUGUAAUUCUGUCAAUAAACAUUUGGUGUCCUUCCUGUUUUUAGCAAAUACAAAUCUCACAGCACUCUAA